AUCAUGUUUAAUUAGAAACUUGGCCAAGUUCUUCGUCCUCCUCUCGACUCUAGGGUUUCGUCCUCUUCCGACCCAAAGACCUGUGUGAAUCUGAAUUGAUGCGAUGUUAUAAGACUGGCCCCAUCACUGAGAUCAUUCUUGCACACGAUGCAGAUCUUAAAUGAUUCGUGAGUUGGAGACAGAGUCUAUGGAAAUUGACAAUCCUGGAGGAAGUGAAGCAGACACUUCUCUUCUGGAUGAGAAAGCUUUAGUUCUAUAUCCAGUAUCAGCUAAUCAUUCGGGUGCGGGGCUUCCGUAUGCCCCUGAAGAUUGGCCUAAUCCAGGAGAUAAGUGGGGUUGGAAAACUGGGAAAAGAGUUUCGAGUUCGGGUCACUUUUUGGAUAGAUAUCUGUAUCUUCCUAAAAGGCUUUCUAGUGCUGGACCUGUUAAGCCUUUCGCAAGCAGGCUCGCAGUCGAACAAUUUAUUAAGAAAAAAUUCCCCAAUGCUGAUGUUGGUGCCUUUUUUGCAUCUUUUAGUUGGAGGAUCCCGUCCACAGUUUUUGUAAGAGAUAGUAAAGGGAGAUUCAAAUGUCCGAAGAAGAGUGUGGAAGAUCUGGGAUCUGGUACCCCAAUUUCCGAAGAGCAAUGUAAGGCUGGAAACAGGUCUUGCAGCAGCUUGUCCAAAGGAGCAGAUUCUGUUUCUGAACUGAUGUAUUGUGAUAUUUGUUGUGACGAGCCUGGUUUCUGCAGAGAAUGUUGUUGUAUUUUAUGCUGUCAAACAAUUGAUAAAGCUUGUACCCAUAGUUACAUUCGAUGUGAAGCUAAUGUCGAGGGUUUCAUCUGUGGACAUCAUUGCCAUAUAGAGUGUGCUCUUCGAGCGUAUAUGGCUGGCACAGUUGGAGGAAGCACUAAUUUGGAUGCAGAGUUCUAUUGCCGUCGUUGUGACUCAAGAACUGAUCUGAUUUCUCAUGUUAGAAGACUUCUAGAAACCUAUGAAUCACUUGAUUCACGAGAUGCCAUUGAGAAAUUUCUUAAAGUUGGUAUUUGUGUUCUGCGGGGAUCAAAGAGAACAUCUGCAAUGCAGCUGCUGCAUCAUAUUGAGUCGGCUAUGUCAAAGCUUAAUGAUGGAGCACUCCUUGAAGAUAUUUGGAAGAAAGGAAACAUCUCUGCGGAGACUAGAGGGUUGUCGCCAAAUGCCAAUGGUUCUUCGAAGGUCCCAAGGAAUGAGGAGCCGCAGGUCUGUGAAACAAGUUCGCCUCAGCCGUUCUCUUCAAACUUUGAUUAUCGAGUCGAAUCUCUCAAACUUGAGGAUAAAAUCGAUCGCAUUCUGGAGGCAUUAAGGAAAUCACAAGAGAUCGAAUACAGGCUUGCAGAGGAAAAGCUUUCAGCUCGGAAGAACUACAUCCUAAAUCUCUACCAACAGCUUGAAACAGAUAAGUGUGCACUCUCAAAGCAUACGUCGUACAAUGAUUGUAAAUCGUUGCUUGAUGUUGUCCAGGACAGGAUCGAUUCGAUAAAACAGGAAGUCUCUAGUCUGAGGGACAUGGCGAAAGCUGCAAAGGGAUUUGGUAGAGUUCCGAAACGGAUUCUUAAGGAAAAAUUCGAUCUGGAUGUAGAGGAUUGAUCGACUUUGCACAGAAGUGGAAAACCACGCGGAUGCAGAGAAGAGAAGCAAAAGCAUCCAUCUAUUACCAUCGGAAAAAUUAUUCAGAGGAAAUCCAUUAAAGCACAGAUCCAAAUGAUAUCCAGCCUCACAGCAAGCACCAAUCCAUCAGAAUCCUCGCGAGACAGCUCCUCUUAGUUUCCAGGUUGCAGAAAGGACGCCGAUUGCAAAUGCGAGACUCUCGAUUUGAUGCAGCAGAGUAGUCGUCGGAGUUCUCUCACAAAAUUCUCGCCGAUAAUUUCGAGGAGGCGACGCCUUCUUUGCCUCUCGGUUUAAUUGAAAAUUUAGGUUUUAAGGAGAAGGUGAAGAGGAGAAAGGGGGAUUUGGGAAUUAGGGUUCAUGUGGUGAGAUUUAUUAGUGGCUUGAUUUUGGCUCUAUCUCUGGUGUAUGUGAUUUCUUGGAUGGUUUCCAGUGUUCUUGCAAUGAAAAUUCCGGCAAAUGUUGUCGAAAAGUUGAGGGAGAAAUUGAAGGAUUUUUUGAGCUUGAAUGAAAGAUUUCUUUUCUUGGAGAAUGAGUUGGAAAGGCUUGUUGAUGUUGUUUACAGCUGCACUUCUUCUGAUUCUAUACGGAAAGCUUUCAAUUCUUCGAUCUUAUCUGAAGUUUCGAUACUAUUACGGCAAGACCGCACAAAAUUAAUUUGUGGUUUCACGAAAUUGUGUUAAAUCUUUAUAUUUUCAAAACUGUUUCAAAUUUCGUCCGUUGUUUUAUAAAUUCUGCAUAUAACGUCUUCGGCCAUCUUUAUUUAAAGGUAUUAAACCCGCCCAAAUUGUGAAUGAAUUUCAAAAUUUUAUUACUAAAAUGAAUAUAUUUGUAAUUUCAAAUAAUAACAUACUUUUUUUACUUGAUAAAACCGUGUAUUACUUGAAU